UAUUGCAUAGAUUGUGUUUGUGAAGAUAUUAAAAAUAGGGUGCGAUUACAAUAAAUUGCAAAAUUUGAGGGUAAUUUUUAUGCAUUGGGUCAUUAAAAAAAUAGGGGUAAAAGGCCGAAACUCGAGACAAAUAAAUAAUGGUGGUAUGAUAAUUGACAUGCAAAGAAGAACAGAGAAAUUGUGAAUUCCAAGUCGGAUGAGCGAGGAAUAGAGAAUGAAUGGAAAUGUGAUCUCCUGUGAAGGUCAUUUGAACUCGACCAAUGAUUCUUCUAAUUCAGAUCCCAUGAGUCCUUCUGAUCGGCCUGUUCGUGUCUAUGCUGACGGGAUCUACGAUCUCUUCCACUUCGGCCACGCUCGCUCCCUCGAACAAGCCAAAAAAUCGUUCCCAAACACUUAUUUGCUGGUUGGAUGUUGCAACGAUGAAAUCACCCACAAGUACAAGGGAAAAACUGUUAUGACAGAAUCUGAGCGAUAUGAAUCUCUUCAUCAUUGCAAGUGGGUUGAUGAAGUCAUUACUGAUGCUCCUUGGGUGAUCACACAAGAAUUUCUUGACAAGCACAAUAUUGAUUAUGUAGCUCAUGAUUCACUCCCCUAUGCUGAUGCUAGUGGAGCUGGAAAAGAUGUUUAUGAAUUUGUGAAAAAAGUUGGAAGAUUUAAGGAAACAAAAAGAACUGAUGGAAUUUCUACAUCAGACAUUAUCAUGAGAAUCGUUAAAGACUAUAACCAGUAUGUGAUGCGCAACUUGGAUCGAGGAUACACGAGAAAAGAGCUUGGCGUUAGCUUUGUGAAGGAAAAGCGCCUGAGAGUGAAUAUGCGGUUAAAAAAAAUACAAGAGAAAGUAAAGGAACAACAAGAAAAAGUUGGAGAAAAGAUUCAUACUGUUGCUAUGCAUCGAAAUGAAUGGGUGGAGAACGCUGAUCGUUGGGUUGCUGGAUUUCUGGAAAUGUUUGAAGAAGGCUGCCAUAAAAUGGGCACAGCCAUUAGGGAUCGAAUUCAAGAGCAAUUAAGAGGGCAGCAGUUGAGGCAGCUGCGACAAAAUGGCAAGGGUGAUGAUGAUGAUGAAGAGGAAGAAUAUUAUUAUGAUGAUGAUGAUUAUGAUGAUGAUGAAGAAUAUUAUGAUGACGAAGAAUCAUAUUAUAAGAAUGAUGAAAAAGAUGCAAAAGGAAAGAAAUAGAAAUUUGCAUGCUUUACUUAUAAUAGGUCCGACUAGAACAUGCAUUACUUGUAUUUCUUUUGUGAAGCUCUACAAUAGGAUGAAAAAAUUGCUGUGCUCACCGAAGAGAGCUUGGAUUUGGGGCAAAACUUACUGUAAUAUUUUACUUUACUCUUUAAGGGAAGUUGGGUUUUUAGUGUUUUAACACAGUAUAAAGGCAUGAAAUUGUAAUGUUAGUGAUUAUAUUUUGUAACAAGAGGAUGAUGCACAAUUUCAGUUCAUGCUUUGAUAUUUAAUUUUAAGGCUAACCUUUUAUAUGUUAAA